AUGCGUGCUCACUACACUGCCAUCCUGACCGCCCUUCUCGCCGCCUUGGUCAAUGUCUCCUGCCGAGACGUGAACCCUGAAGGCUUCACCAAAGAGGGAAUCUUCGUCUUCCUGGACAAGUCUUCCAUUCCCUCGUGUGUGGGCAUGGAUGCAGCACCAGGUUGCUGGCAAAAAAUAUGCAACAACUUCCAAAAUGACGACGAGACGGGCAAGAUCAAUCAGCUCAAGCUACAAACCUUUGGGGGGCAAGUAUACCCCACGGACCUGGCCAUCGCAGAGUGCUCGUCCGACCAGGUCGAUAACACAGAGAACGUCAGAGCUGGUCUGAAGUAUCGCAAAGGACCCUGA